AUUCGAGAUGGUCACUGCCGAUCACCCUGGUCUUGAGGCGCACAACUCUUCAACUGCACCGAAAGCAGAUGAAGUUGCAGUAUGCCAACACCUGGAGACGAGGGUGGUGCCGAAAUCCUAUACAAACACACCAGAGACUAUGGAAGUUUGCGAGGGCGCGAGCCCGGCUGAGAUCAAGUUGGUCCGGAAGUUGGAUUGGAUUAUCUUGCCAGUCCUUUGGGUUAUGUAUUGGUUCAAUUACCUUGAUCGAAACGCUAUCACCGUAGCUCGCUUAGAUGGCAUCGAGAACGAGCUCAACCUGACCUCGACUGAGUACCAGACCUGCGUCUCCAUACUCUUUGUUGGAUAUAUACUAGGACAAAUUCCGAGUAACAUGUUGAUAACAAGAAUCAGGCCAUCCUGGUUUAUGGCAUCAACUAUGGCCCUUUGGUCAAUUGUCAGUGCCAUGACAGGUGUAACAAAAGACUUCAAAGGACUACUUCUAACUCGAUUCUUUCUUGGCAUUACCGAAGCGCCGUUUUACCCCGGUGCCCUGUAUUUGCUUGGAAUUUUCUACACCAGAAAGGAGAUUGCGACACGAAUAUCCAUACUCUUCACGGCUAACAUCUGUGGCACUGCUUUCGCUGGUCUCAUAGCCAUCGGGGUAUUCCAAAUGGACCAAAUGGCUGGUCUUAGCGGAUGGCGAUGGCUGUUCAUACUCCAGGGUAUCAUCAGCUUCUUCAUUUCGGUUUCAUCGGCCUUUCUGUUGCCUGACCAGCCGCUCGACACUCGCUGGCUCAGUGAGGAGGAAAGGAGGCUUGCGCACUCCCGAGUUGCGGUUGAUACGGUUCAACUCCAGGCGAACACCAGCAUCUGGGCCGGUCUCUCUGAAGCUUCUCGGGAUCCACAUCUUUGGGUUCUGGUGGCGAUGCAGCAUUUACACCUCAGCGCAUCGGGAUACAAGAACUUCUUUCCAACCAUUGUCGAAACACUGGGUUUCGGCCGAAACGUCACGCUCGCCUUAACAUGCCCCCCUUACAUCAUAUCCGGCAUUGCAACGAUCGCAUGGGCUGCCAGCUCAGGUCACUUCAACGAAAGAGUCUGGCACAUUACUAUUGCCAAAGCCGUCGCGCUCUUUGGCUUCGUAUUGGCCUGCAGCACCCUGAAUGUCGGUGCGAGGUACUUUGCCAUGUGUACCUUUGCCAGCGGUGUCUAUGCUUGUAAUUCUAUCAUUCUCGGCUGGGUCUCGAGUACCUGUGGACAAACGAGGGAGAAAAAGGCCGUUUCUCUCGCGUUAGUCAACACAAUUGCCACCAUUGGGUCAAUAUACACCCCAGUAAGUUACGGUCUUCUAUUGAAACUCGAAUAUUUCCCCGGCAAGAAAUCUGACUUGUUGAAGUAUCUCUGGCCUGAAUCGGAUGCACCUAGAUAUACCACAGCUAUGCUAUCUAGCGCUGCCUUCUCAGUGGCAGCCGCGAUUAUGGCGUGGGUAUUGAAACGGAUGCUGAUUAAGGAGAACCGGAGGAUAUCGCGUUCAGGUAAUCAUAGCACUCUUCUAUACAGUUACUGAAGUUCAGAAAACAGUUUUGAUGGGAUAUCACUCAUUGUUUCGACGGGAAAUUGCUGUACGUCGAAAAGUACUACUCUCGACUCCCUGGAACGUGGCCGUAUCGACCGCUCAGUAUGAAGAUGCAAGGAACAUGGACCCAAUGUUGCCUUUAUCAAAGAGUUGCUGUAUGCUAGAUCGUUGAUUUUUGUAGAAUCUUGUAAAGCUUAAAUGAC